AAUAAAUUUAAUAUGUAACCCCUGUCUAAAUUAAUUUAACUUUUACCCCGCUCUUCCCCCCCAAGCCCCCACCUUUUCCCCCUACAAAUUGCCACUGUUGCCCUCACUGUUAUCACCUUUCUUCUCUGUAGCUCCAAAUAUAUAAUAACACCAUAGCCCAUAGCCCCUUUUCUAUUUUCUCUCUCUUAUUCUGCAUUUUUGUUCUGAUUCGGAAUUUUUUUAUUUAUUUGGGUUCCUUUUCUACCGUCAAAUACUCAAUUGAACUAAUUAGAAAACCAUAUAUUCGGUUUCUGUCUCUCUACCUCUUCACCAUUUCUAGCUUCUUCUCUUUCUCUCUCUACAACUUUUUUUCUUCUGGGUUUUGAUUCUGACUGCAAGAUGAAGAAAUUUAUCUUGAAUUUGGAGGUGCAUGAUGUAAGAGAUAAGCGCAAGGCCUUGAAGACGGUCUCUGCUCUUCCAGGAAUUGAUGAAAUCUCAAUGGAUAUGAAAGGUAAGAAAUUAACCAUCAUCGGAACAGUUGAUCCAGUGAGUGUAGUGAGCAAACUACGGAAAUUUUGGCCAGCGCACAUAAUCUCAGUAGGACCGGCCAAAGAGCCGGAGAAGAAAGAGGAACCAAAGAAAGAAGAGGCCAAGAAAGAGGAGGCUAAGAAGGAGGGCGAGGGCAAGAAAGAAGACGCUCCAAAGGAGGAAGGUAAGAAAGAGGAGGGUAAGAAGGAAGAAGGUGGUAAGAAGGAUGAAAAUAAGAAAGACGAGCCCAAAAAGGACGGAGAGAAGAAGGUAGAACCACAGCCACAACCAAUGGCAAUGCCGAUGCCGAUGCCAUUCCCACAUCAAGGCUAUAAUCAGUCUGUGGUUGGCAUGGUACCUCCUUAUCGGCCAUAUUAUCCUCCUCCUCAUAUGCAAGCUAUGCCCUAUCGUCCAUAUUAUCCUCCUCCUGCGCAAACGUACUACCAGGUUCACCACAGCAUGGAAGAGAAUCCUAAUUCAUGUGUUAUCGGUUAAAUUGGUUCGUUGAGCGGAUCAAAUCAUAUAUAUUAUCUAUACAUAGCUCUCCGUUCUUCUUGUUUUGAGUUGGUCUCGGGUUAUAUUCUAUUAUCAUGAACCGAGACUAUCAUUCAAGAACAGAGAAAAUCCAUUGUGAAUACACAAUGAUCAUGCCAUCAUAUUUGUCUUUUCAGAAUUAAGAAAUUGUGUAUAGAGAAUUAAAUAAGAGUUUUGCUAGCUCCCUU